GAUGUCCCCCGGCGGGGCGGCCGCCGCGGCCCUGCUGCUGUCCGCGGCCGCCGCCUUGUACGCGGGGCUGUGGAGGGAGGGCCCCGCACCAGGACUGAAAGAGCUUGUUCUGCUGGGUGGCCGAUGCUUCUUGUUCCUUGCCCUCCUCACGUUGGCCAUUUCAGUGGCUUCCCCGUGGCUCAGCUCCACUCCCUCACCCCCCGUCGGCCCGACAGUGCCCAAUGACGAGAAGGAGAGGCAGCAGAGGCUCGUCAGGACAGAGCAACAGGAGGCCCUGAGGGAACAGGCCCGUGGAUACUUGGAGAACGUGCUCAGACCUCGUCAGGAAAGUAGACUGAAGAAGCAGGAAGAGCGGUUUUAUCAGCUGACGGGCGAGAGCUGGAAGCUAACGGGAGGCCACAAGCUUGGGAGUGACGAAGACUCGGUGCCCGAAAAUGCGAAUCUGGGGCCCGGCAACACACCCAACCAAGAAGCCCUGAGGAGACGGAGGUUGCCAGAGCCGCCAAACCGGCCUGUCCCACCCAUCGAGCAGCCCGGAGCCGAGAAGGUUCCCAUCUUACCCGAAGAGCCUCCCGAACAGGCUAACGAGGUUGUCACCGUGGCUCUGCGCGGACCAAGCGGCCGCAUCCUAAGGAGAAGGUUUCUCAAGUCCUGCAGCUCACAGGUGUUGCUGGCCUGGAUGGUGAGAGCCGGGUAUCCCUCGUCCACCUACACCCUGUGCACUCCCUACCCCCGCCGGGCCUUGCCGGUGGAAGGAGGUCGGACCCUGGAAGACCUGGGCAUCACCGUGGGAACCGUGCUAAACGUGGAGGAGAGAGAGCCCGCCUCUAAUUGUGGGGCCUCAGGUGCCCUGGCCUCGUCGACAACCUGAUGGGUCCCGGGCCUCCCAAGGCACAGGCGCCUCCCGGGAGCGGACCUGUCCGAUCUCCAGCAGCAGCAGCAGCUACAGACGGUGAGCACGGGAACACUGUAACGCUUUGACCAUCAGAAUAAAUGGAACCGUGAACACAGGA